AUGACCCAUGGAGAUCCAACUGGAUCCAAGUACUGGAUUGACUUGUCUUCGUGCGACGGAUUGGGUCGGCUUGAGUUCUCAAGUUUCAAACGACGAAGGUAAGUUCUUCGAAACUAACAACAACGAUAUGGACGACGUUCGACGCUGACUAAGUGUUCCGUUUGGCUGUGACGGCACGCGGGAUAAAUAUAUAUUAUAUAUCCCUUUCGGCCAUCUAUUCUGUCUUCCCGGGGGUUUUAUAUCCCGUUAUGCUCUCGCUACCUCUAUAGACUAGGUCCUAUUCCAGUAAGGCGAGCCAACUGGAAUAGGACCUCUGAUGGAGGAACCACGAAACUGUGGAGGACAAGGUGUUGACCAUCUGGGGACGCGAAUGGAAGAGACCGCACAUCGACUCUCCGACGAGUUCUUCUAGAUUAAAUUACCCGGCUCAGCCUCCAUAUAACGUCUUGAUGCACAUGAAGAGGUCCUCCCUUAUGGUCAAAGGAGACCCUUUGACCGAAGAGUCAAAAGUCAAGGAAGACCUUUGGCCACCGCUCCGAGGGAUAGACACAAAUUAGAAUAGUUUAUUGAGACACAACACAAAACUAGCACUGCUCGACCGAUCAAGCGGGAGACAGAAGAAGAAAUGAGGGCUUUUGGGAUCGAACGGAAGUAUUUAUAGUCCUUGUCUUAUGCAGAUUUCUUGGGAAAUUGGUUGAGAUCCCAACGCUAGAGGUAGACAGACACUUUUAUAAGUAUGCAUAGUCAUUGGGUUAAUUGUGACUUGUAGUUCGAAACUUUCCGUAUAGUUUCGGCCCAUGUCUUCUUAAAUAGCUGAAAGGGUAUUCACAAGGAGCUUUUUCACAAUUUUGUGAUCUUGCUCUCUUGUUUUCGGGCGAAACACCCAAACAAAAUAACGUUUUUUGAUUUUUCUGCAGUUGAGAGGGCUUGAUUUAAAGGGAAGUGCUCAAAGUGCGACGUUCAGAUUUUAAUGAAAUUGGGCACAAACUGAAAUAAGUUUCCAACCUUGUUUUUCGAAGGAAACCCUUAUAUUUUUAGAGCGGGAGUUAACGAAAUAUUAACCCGUUUUUUGUCAGCUUAUGCGUGAAAAGUUUCAGCCUUGCUCUUACCGGUUAGAGCAAUAUUUCUGCAAAAAAUCAGUCUUUUCUACGCGAAAUUGUUGGAGAUACAGGCAAAAAGCGUUCUUCUCUCCGACAAAAUUUGAUAGAAAUUGCGAAAAAAUUGCGUUAAUGACUUGAUAUACUCAUUGAACUGUGUUCAGUUUCAUUGGAGUUUUGGAAACAUAUCGACUUGCGUGAUAACGGCGUUCAAGGUCUUAUCACCAAAGCGGGGGUUUGUUGUUUAACCCGACAUAAAGGCGUUGAACUAUUAGUAGACAUGGCCAAGGGGUCGGGCUUUUACUUCCAGGCCUUCGCGCCCUCCGAUCCAUAUCGCGUCAAGGUCAUCCUCCUAGACAUGGCUUCGGGGUCGAGGCAAAGCUGAAACCGGCCGGGCCGCGAUCCCGGGCCGGCCAACGAGUCAUGUCUAAUGCCGCCCGGGCUUUUUUUGAUUUGUCAUCCGGCCCUGAUUCUUUUACCUAAUGUUUUGUUUUGAGGUUACCUGAAAAGUGGGCGGGAGACAUUUUAGUUCUAUUUUGGGUUGCCGUGCAACAAAUGCUGGGCCACUAGCCCUGUUUACACUCUUUUACACUUUUUACAUCGAUAAUUUUGCCGUCCAUUCAUCAGCCAAUUUUAAUUGCAAUUUCAGCCAAAAAAUCAUGAUUUUCCUCCUCAUCCUCUCCGCAAUUUCCCUCCUUCUCUUCUACAACUACUACUACAAACGUCGGGAUCUCCCGCCCGGCCCGGCUCCCCUCCCAUUCGUCGGGAAUCUGCUCGAUUUAGACAGAGAAGAGCGUUGGGAGGACAAGUUCAUCGAAUGGACUCAACAAUACGGCCCAGUUUACACGUACUGGCUGGGUGAAAUGCCAAUAGUCUCAGUUUGUGGGUACCAGGAGAUGGUUAAGUACUUUGUGAAGAAUGCUGACGUCUUUUCGGAUCGUGUGCGAACGAACAGUGCGCUCGAUCAGGCCCGAGGGGGGACCUUUGGAGUGGUCUUCAACAGUGGCGAGCCUUGGCGGGAAUAUCGCCGAUUCGCGUUGAAGGUGUUGAGAGAUUUUGGACUGGGGAAAAAUCAAAUGGAAGAGAGGGUAAGUUGCUAAAAUUGAGGCGAGAAUAAGAGCUCAAUAUUGGUACCAUUCAUGGCAAAAAGUCUUUGGAAUUUCCUGCUACUCUUUACUAUACAUUUUACCCGAUAAUUCGACAGUCGGGCCGCCAUACGAUUUUGUUGAAGUGCCUUGUCUUACUAGUCACCCGCACUAAACCGAGAUCGACUCAAGUUCGCUCUUCCUCGGACAGAUUUGUCAUCCAAUGCAACUCAUUUCAGAUCCAAGCCGAAGUGCAGAACCUAAUUGAAAAAGUGAACGGUCAACUGGACUCCGAUGAAAUCGACUUUUUCAAGUACACCGACAUUGCGGUUGGCUCCAUUAUCAACGCGAUCGUCGCCGGCUACAGAUUCACCGAGGGGCGCGAAGAGGAGUUCUAUCUUUUGAAGGAUUUAUCGACCGCUUUCAUGCGGGCGUUCGGCACCGCCAGAGCCAGCUUGGUGUUGAACAACCCGAAACUAAUGCAGGUCCCAAUCCUCAACUCCAAAGCCAAGGAGACCGUACGAAUAUUGCUGGAGUUGUUCGCCUUCCUUGACCGACAAAUCGAGGAGCACUUGGCCGAUAACGACUACACACAAGACCUGGAGCCCAACAGCUUCAUUGACGCGUAUUUGUUGGAACGCCAGAGGCAUAUUCAAAAGGUUGGUGGGGAAUUCUCAUCAAGAAACCUUUGUUUAGAAUAGCUCGGAAGGAUACUACAAUUUCCCCGAACUCCGCAACAUUUGCAUGGACUUGUGGAUGGCGGGACAAGAGACAACCUCCUCGACGCUGACCUGGGUCAUCGCUUAUUUGAUCAGGUAUCCGGAGAUCCAAGAGAAGGUGCAAAAAGAGCUGGAUGCGGUGGUUGGAAGCAAUCGAAUGGUUGGCAAUGCGGACAGACCCGAUUUGCCCUACACCAAUGCUGUUAUUAUGGUGAGUUCAGGUCGUAGAGAGAAAUUUUAGAGCCAGUUUACGGUGAAUAGAGGGGAUUGGAGGUCAAGACUUGACCGUUCAGAUUUGAUCAAACUUUCUGGCCAAAUUUGGCCAAGGCUAGGUUUAAUCGGACCUGCCAACUCUCAACCUCUUCAAAAUGGCAAUGCAAUUUUCAUUUUUGCGAUAAUACCAUCAAAUUUCAGGAAAGUCAACGCUGCUGCAACUUGGUCGCCCAGAACAUCACCAGAUGCUUGCCGAGAGACGUCGAAAUUGAUGGCCGACACUUCAAAAAGGGCACCAUUUUCACCCCACAAAUCUCGGUCGUCAUGCGCGACCCAAAAGUCUUCCCCGAGCCCGAGAGAUUCAAUCCCGACCGAUUUAUCGACGAAAACGGGAAGCUGCGACAAGUGGACGAGCUGAUUCCGUUCUCCAUUGGCAAGAGGAUCUGUUUGGGUGAGGGAUUGGCGCGAAUGGAGCUGUUCCUCUUCACCGCCAACCUCUUCAACCAGUACAAGUUCUUGCCCGGAAAAGUCCCGCCGACCCUGAAGAGAAUCAGCGGCGCUGGGACAGUGAUUCAACCUUAUAAUUGUAAAGUGGUGUUGAGAAGAUAA